AGAAUAGAAAGGAUUUUCGGGUAUCUUUUCAAGAGUUGAACUUUUCGGUGGUCGCCGAUGGAGAGGCAGACGAUUCCGGCGGUUUCGGGUUCGCCCGAAGUCGGAGAAGAGAGUGAAGUGGUGGUUAGGGAGUUGAUUGAAGUGAUACGGACCGUUGGAUCUUAUGAUGGAUUUAGGAAGACUCAAAGGAAGGAUUGCUUGAAGUUGGCGAGGCGGUUGAAGCUUUUGGUUCCACUCUUGGAGGAGAUCAGGGAUCAGCUUGGUAACCCAUCAAAUGUCUCCGGUUCGGGUUCGAAUUAUCUGGUUGGUUUGAAGAAAGCAUUGGUUGGAGCCAAGAAGUUGUUGAAGAACUGUAACCAUGGAAGCAAGAUAUAUCUGGCAAUGGAAAGUGAAGCAGUGAUGAGCAGAUUCCACGCUGUUUAUGACAAAUUAAACCAGGCCCUUGAUGGCAUACGUUAUGAUGAGCUUGGAGUUUCAGUUGAAGUGAAAGAACAAGUUGAACUAAUGAGAAUGCAACUUCAAAGAGCAAAGGGACGAACCGAUACACAAGAUAUGGAACUGGCAAUGGAUAUGAUGGUCGUUUUCUCGAAAAAUGAGGAUCGGAAUGCAGACAUUGCUAUAUUUGAAAGACUUGCUAACAAGCUCGAACUGCAUACGAUUGCCGAUUUGAAAGCCGAAACUGCAGCUAUCCGGAAACUCGAGAAACGUAGAGGUGGACAUAGUGACACCAUGAAGCGAAUCUUUGAUCUUCUGGGGAAGUUUAAACAAAUUGCAGGGAUCGAUGAAACUGUUUCGCUUGACGGUCCGAUUUCGACGAGAACUCUUCAGAGGUGUCAAUCUUCAUUAAUACCUAAUGAAUUUCUCUGCCCCAUCGCAUUAGAGAUCAUGACAGAUCCUGUUAUUGUGGCAACUGGACAGACUUAUGAAAGGGAAAGCAUUACUAAGUGGUUAAACUCGAAUCAUCGGACAUGUCCGAAGACCGGACAAACCUUGGAUCACUUGUCUUUAGCACCGAAUUUCGCGCUACGCAACCUUAUUCUGCAAUGGUGUGAGAAGAACAAUUUCGAAUUGCCAAAGAAGGAUAGCUAUGCAUCUUGUGAGAGCUGUUCAUCUGAACUCAUGGAAGAAAUCUCUUCAUUGGUUCGAGACCUAUCUUCGAGUCAGCCAAAUGCGAGACGAGAUGCUGUCGUGAAGAUCCGAAUGCUGUCAAAAGAAAACCCAGAGAACCGAAUUCUCAUUGCCAACAACGGAGGAAUCCCGGGUUUAGUUCAGUUAUUGUACUAUCCAGACUCCAAGAUCCAAGAACACACUGUCACUGCACUAUUGAACUUGUCAAUCGAUGAGACAAACAAAAGGCUAAUAGCCAGAGAAGGAGCCAUUCCAGCCAUUAUUGAGAUACUGCAAAACGGGACCGAUGAAGCAAGAGAAAACUCGGCUGCAGCCUUGUUUAGCUUAUCGAUGCUCGACGAGAACAAAACUCUCGUCGGAAACUUCAAUGGGAUCCCACCAUUAGUGAACCUCCUACAACACGGUACCACCAGAGGUAAAAAAGAUGCUGCAACUGCACUCUUUAACUUGUCUUCAAAUCAAUCCAACAAGUCCAAAGCCAUUAAAGCCGGUAUUAUACCCCCUUUGCUUCGUUUACUCGACGAUAAAACUCUGGGUAUGAUCGACGAGGCACUCUCGAUCUUGUUACAUCUUGCAUCGCAUCCCGAGGGACGGAACGAGAUAGGCCGGCUGUCGGUCAUCGAGACUCUGGUGGAAAUCAUCAGGAACGGGACUCCGAAAAACAAGGAAUGCGCCGUAUCGGUUCUUUUGGAGUUGGGGUUGAAUAAUUCGGCUCUUGCUUUGGCUGCACUUCAGUUUGGUGUUUACGAACCACUGAAAGAGAUCACCAUAACCGGGACGAACCGAGCUCAAAGAAAAGCUAAUUCAUUGUUGCAGCAUAUGAGUAAGUGUGAACAUAUUCCUUGAGCUUCCCUCCAAUGGUUACUAAUUUAUCUGUAAGUUCAUGCCUUGUAAUAUUAUUGGCUGUAUGAAUAUAAUGUGCAUUCGUCCAA